AUGGAGAUCAAGUUCCCACAAAAAAACAUAAUUGUGUUAUUAUUGUCAAUUUCUUAUGUACUCUUUCAAUCACAAGUACUUAUAUGUUGCCAGGAGAGUACCAGAGACUCCGUCAAACUUCAGCCCGAUGAACGAGAGUCUUUAGUGGAUCAUAUAGCGUCAGAACUAGGGUUAAAAAAGGUUGGAUGGAUUUUUACUGAUCUCAUUGCUGAAGACCUUCAGAAAGGAACUGUGAAGUACCUUCGAAAUGCUACUUCAUAUUUCCUCAGUGCUGAGGAGUGUAUAAUGGCAGGCUAUUUCCAGAAUCAGCAUCCUAAUCCGUGUCGUCUCUCUCCAGAUGGAUAUUUUGGGUCAAAAAUCGUCACAGUUUGUGUAACAG